AUGAUAACUGAAGUGAUCUCUUACAAAAGUGGUCAGAAGGUAGUGAAUACUACAGCGACCGAGUUGGAAACAGUCGAAAAGGAUGGCAUCAAACACACUUGGAACGGAUGGGUCGAUACUUUCAAUCAUAGCGCAAAUUUCACCUGGAAGAUUGAUUGGGAAGCAUUGAAAAGCCAAGGAGCCGUUCGACUUGAUGGACAUUUGAUCGUCAAUUCUGUUAAUGGUUAUUGGAAUCCACAUAGAGUUGAUAUCAAUUUGACGGACACAAAUCAAUCAGUCUUUACAAUUGUCGGAUCCCGUUACACGGCCUAUAGUAUCACUUUUGAAUACAAUCUAACUGCUCACUUCGUCCCUAGACCCAAAAGGAUUUCUUAUGAUGACAUGUUCGCGGCUUCCGAUAAGACCGAUGUGAUUCUUAUUGUUGAGGGAAAGAAGCUGAAUGUUAACAGAACGUUCCUCUCCUUCCACUCCGACUAUUUCACGACUCUUUUCUCGGCGAACUUCAAAGAAGGGCAAAUGAAAGAAAUCGAAAUCAAAGAAGUUUCCUAUGAAGAUUUCGGACUUCUUCUCUCUAGUAUCUAUCCAAAUCCACAGUUUCCGAAUGAUAGUACUGUCGAGAAGCUUCUCGAGAUGUCUAGCCGUUUCCAAGUGCAAUCGGUUAUCGGAAUCGUGGAAUAUCAUCUUCUCUACAUUUCAAGAAUCGGAUAUGAGAAAAUGAUGUGGUUGGCCGAUGAGUACGUAAUGCCAACACUUCUAGAAAAGUGUAUCAGCCAGAUGAAUUCACUGGAAAAGGCUAAAAAAUUGGAAAAAUCUCCGGAAUUCGAGAAAUUGUCGGUUAAUACCAGAUCGCUGCUUUUCGGACGUCUUUUGAAAGCUCUCUGA